AUGAAAAUCCUCUGUUGGAACUGUCGUGGGCUUGGGAACCCACGGACAGUUCGUUUUCUUCAGCUUUUGUUGAAGAAGGAAGUGCCUACUAUGGUUUUCUUGGUGGAAACCAAACUUGAUGCUAGAGCUAUGGAGAGGAUUCGUUGUAAACUUGGGUUGCAGAGGUGUUUUACGGUUGAUCGUGUGGGGCUCUCGGGGGGUUUAGCAUUAUUAUGGGUUGGUGAAAUUCAGCUACAGAUUAAGAGCUUUUCAAGAGGCCAUGUUGAUUCAAUUAUCCUUUCUGAGUCUGGGGUUGCAUCAUGGUGUUUUACUGGGUUCUAUGGAAACCCGAUCGCUUCUCUACGGAGUGAUUCGUGGGAACUGUUGCGACGCCUUCAGGAUCAGAUGCACCUGCCAUGGUUGUGUGCGGGAGAUUUCAACGAAAUUUUGUAUGCCCAUGAAAAAUCUGGAAUGGCGGCAAGAAGUCAAAGGCAGAUGGAUGGCUUCCGCCAGGUCCUUUCUGACUGUGACUUAGCUGAUCUGGGUUUUGAAGGGGCAGCUUUCACUUGGUGUAAUGGUCGGGCGGGGGAUGGUAUGAUCCGGGAACGUUUGGAUAGAUGUGUGGUCAAUGAGAGGUGGUUAAAUUCUUUUCCGAUGGCUCGGGUCUACCAUUUGGGAGGUACAUCAUCUGACCAUCUUCCUAUAUUGUUAGAUCUGGAAGGGGUUAAAGCUCAGAUGGCCCACAGGCCGAAAUACCGAAAGUUGUAUCGUUUUGAAGCAAUGUGGUUGCGAGAGGAGGAUUGUGAAGGCAUCAUUACAAGGGAAUGGCACCAAGAUAGUAAUCUCUCUGGGGUUGAGCUUGUGUCAGGUAAAUUGCGAGCAGUGGCUUCUCAGUUGCAAGCUUGGAAUUGGUAG